CUGAGCAUUGGAAAAGUGUUGCCCCUGAACACAGUGUACCCAGGGUGAGUCGGCUACUGAGCAUAUUGACACAGCAGAGAUACGGCACUUAAUGGGACGUAACCAUGACAGGACGAAGUAUGAACAGGUAUAAAAAAGAGGGGAGGUCGAUAAAGACGUCUCAGUCACAGGCAGAAACAGAGGCGGACAAAACAGCAAGGUUGCACUAUCAGACAGAACAAUGAAGUUGUUGGUGUUGGCUCUAAGCGUGGCCCUGCUGUUUACAGCUGGCAGCGCCCUGGACUGUCAUCGCUGUGUCUCCAAAAAGGCUGGAGGGCCAUGCGAGUUGACUGUGGAGACCUGUAACCCUGAAAAGGGCGCCUGUGCUGCUGCCAGGUUCCUCCGGGCACCAUUUGGCCAAUACCAGAAAUGCAUGAGGCUGGAGGACUGUGAGAUGCUGCAGACAAACUCCUUCAUCAACAUAAACUGCUGUACCGAAGACAUGUGCAACAGCUUUUAAAAUCUGUAUUAAAAACCUGAGAGAAUGAGAGUAGAGCAGAGAUGUUGGGUUUUUUUUAGUGAGGCAUUUAAAACCAAAUGGUCCUGCAGCCUGCGGAUUUUGUUGGUUUAAUGUUGUAUGAUCAGGAGUGAAAUCAAAGCAGCUCAUGUGUAGGAAAAACAACUCUCAAAUAAAAAAGUUUGAGGAAGA